AGUUUGGUCCUCUUCCUUUCGGCCGAUCUCCGUAUUAACUAUGGCGAGCAUCAGCGAAGACAGAUACUCGGGAAAGUCCGGAGUGUUCGAUUCUUUGGAUUCUGGUGCUGAGGGGGCGACUUCGAUGGACACGGACUCGGAGUCUUCAGCUGCUACUCAGCCGGGAGCUCCCGCGAGAUCUAUCGAGGGGUGGGUGAUCUUCCUUACUGGACUCCAUGAGGAAACGCAGGAGGACGACGUGAUGGAGGUUGCGAUGGAGUUUGGAGAUGUUCGUAACUUGCAUUUGAAUCUGGAUCGGCGUACAGGUUUCGUGAAGGGGUAUUGUCUCAUCGAGUAUGAGAGUAAAUCGGAAGCCUCAAGCGCCAUUUCUGGUAUGAGCGGAAAAAUGAUCUUGGAAACGCCGGUUACAGCUGAUUGGGCCUUCGUGCGUCCGCCUCCGGUUGGUUCAAUGAGGGGUAGACGUCUGUAAGAAGAGUGAAGGGAUUACGAAG